AUUUUUUCCCCAGCCUAUCUCUCCCUGAAUGAUGCCAGGGAAUUCCUUGAUGAAGCUGGGAAAAUGGAAAAGCACAUGUGUCUCACAAACCCUUUGGCACUGCUGUUUGUUUCUCUUACAGCAGACAUGAGCAAAACAAUCGCUACAUCAGCAGGAUCGAUAGAUACCAUGCUCAUUACUAAAGAGGUUUGUGGCACCUUACAACUUGUUUCAAUGGCGUAUGUACAGACUAGUGUGGCACAUGUCUCAUCUUAAACAUCUCUUUCAGCUUGCGGUUAAUUUUGAGCAGCACCCAGAUGCAGAAAUAAUAAAGGGACUUGGAGUAACUAAAUCUGAACUAGACCUUUUUCUGCGGGCAAAUUCAAAAAUUAGAAAAAAUAAAUCAUUCUGUGAUCGAAUUAAGAAAUUAUGGACAGCACUAUAUGCGAAGGAGUUAUUUCUUAGACCAGGUCAGUUUGAGGAACUGUGUCAGAGGUUCGGUUUUGACAGAGGUGAAGCCAUUGAAAUCAGCUCUACGCUUGCAUCUCGAUGUGCAAACCUCAAGAACUUUUGUGUGGCCCUUCAGAAGCUGUGGUGGUAUCCGCCUCUCGCAACAGCUGUCAUAUCAAAACUGAAUGACGCCUGUGAAGAUGAGUUAAGGCCUUUCCUUGAGAUACAACAUGUGACCAGGCUUUUAAUACCCUGUUACUUAUCCUUCUCUUAA